AUGAAUAGAUUGAAUGUUAUUCGUACAGUGCCUCAAGUCUUGUUAAGACGUUAUACAACAGCAAUAAAACCAGAUAUAAAGCUACUCAAAGAACUUCGUAAGGAAACCGAAGUUUCUAUGUCCAAAGCAAAAGAAGCUCUUAUCAAAACUAAUAAUGAUUAUGCAAAAGCGCUAGUCUGGUUAUCAGAGGAUGCACAAAUUUCUGGUGCAAAGAAAGCCCAGAAAGUUUCAGGAAGAACUGCUGGCGAAGGAUUGAUUACGACAGCUUCUGUUGAAGUGCCUGUAUCAAAUGGUUUUAAGAGUAAAAGUACUAUUAUUGAAUUAAACUGCGAAACUGAUUUUGUGUCUCGAAAUGAUGUUUUUAAAAACCUUGCAUCCAGAAUUGCGGCCACUUCUUUAUUAAUGCAUGAAAGCUCUCUCAGCAACAAAGCUUGUUCAAUUGAAAAUAUCCCGAUUGAUGAUCUCCUUAAUGCACCCUUAAUGCCACACCCAAGUGAAACAGAAUUAAAUUCAGCUCAUAUCGGAAAGACAAUAAAGGAAUCCAUUGUGGAGACGAUUGGUAAACUUGGUGAAAAUAUAACUUUACGUCGUGCGGCUGUUGUUUCAGAAGGUGUGUCAGCAUCCUAUAUUCAUGGUGGUGAUGCAAAUAGCGGUAAAAUAGGUGGUAUUGCUGUGCUUCAGCCUAAGAAAGUGACUAAUUUAACAGAAUUAAAUGAAGCCAACAUUGAUACAUUAUUAAAAACUGCACGCCAAGUUGCACGUCAAGUUGUUGGCUUCAAUCCUACUUAUUUAAAUUCUAAAGAUAUUCCCGACAGUGUACUUCAGGCACAAACAAAUCUUGAAGAAUUUGAAGAAACACAUGUCUUAAACAAACAGAAAUAUCUCCUAAAUCCUGAACUAACUAUCUCUGAAUAUGUGAAUCAGGCAGCUGAUGGUGCUGAAGUUAUUGAUUUUAUUCGUUGGGAGGUUGGAGAAGGUAUUGAAAAGAAAGAGAAUAAUUUUGCGGAUGAAGUUUUGAACGCUGCUCGUGGAAAUUAA